UCCCGGGGGCAGAACUGUGGGGCGGAGAAAAAGACCAACUCGCGUGCGUAAACAAUAUUUUUGACAGUGGACGAUUAGUGUGGAAACAAUUCUUAAAGGGCUAUCUUUCAUUCAGGUCAGGAUGAAGAUUGAUAUUCAUAAUCACAUUUUGCCAAAGGAAUGGCCUAAUCUAAAAGAGAGGUAUGGAUAUGAUGGGUUCAUUCAACUUCAUCAUCACUGUAAGGGGGAGGCCCAAAUGAUGAAGGAUGGGAAGUUGUUUCGUGUAAUCCAGGAGAACUGCUGGGAUGCAGAAGCACGCAUACGAGACAUGGAUCAACAUGGAGUGACUGUUCAAGCCCUGUCUACUGUCCCAGUCAUGUUCAACUACUGGGCCAAACCACAUGAUACUCUAGACCUGUGUGGCAUCUUGAAUGAUGACCUAGCACAGACAGUCCGGAGGCAUCCACGCCGUUUUGUGGGCCUGGGUACCUUGCCGAUGCAGGCACCUGACCUGGCAGUCCUGGAGAUGAAGCGCUGUGUGAAGGAGCUGGGCUUCCCUGGGGUGCAGAUUGGCUCUCACGUCAACACCUGGGACCUCAAUGCUCCUGAACUUUACCCUGUCUUUGCUGCGGCAGAGGAAUUAAACUGCUCCCUGUUUAUUCAUCCAUGGGAUAUGCAGGUAGAUGAGAGAAUGGCCAAGUAUUGGCUUCCGUGGCUUGUAGGCAUGCCUUCAGAGACUACAAUGGCAAUUUGCUCAAUGAUAUUUGGAGGCAUCUUUGAAAGGUUCCCUAAACUGAAAGUCUGCUUUGCUCAUGGUGGUGGUUCUUUCGCGUUCACUGUUGGCAGAAUUGAACAUGGGUUUCAGGUGCGCCCUGAUCUAUGUGCUGUGGACAACAAAAUCAGCCCCCGCAAAUACCUCGGCUCCUUCUACACAGAUUCCUUAGUGCAUGACCCCAUCUCCCUUAAACUUCUGAUGGAUGUGAUUGGAAAAGAUAAAGUGAUGUUAGGAACAGACUAUCCUUUUCCUCUUGGUGAGCUGCAGCCAGGAUCACUAAUUGAGUCUAUGGAUGAGUUUGAUGUUUCUUUAAAGGAUAAACUUCUUGCAGGCAAUGCAUUGGACUUUUUGGGAAUUAAAAGAGAUCAGUUUGAAUGAUUUGUAAAAUAUACAUUCCAGAUGAUGAAUAUCAAUAAAAUAUUUGCA